AAGCAGUCAAAUAGAAUGGCUCCAAACCCUUAACUUCAACGCAACAACAACAACAGCAACUGAAACCAGUGAGUAGAAGAAGUUAAAAAAUUUAAAAUAAAAAGAUUGCUUGUAUAGAGUUCUUAGGGUUUUGAAAAUCUAGUAGAGAAUUGAAUGGAGGGGGGAAAUUCUGGUGGUGGUGGUGGAGGAGGAGGAAACGAUGUUGAAUUACUCUGUAAAACCCUACAAGUAGAACAUAAGUUGUUCUACUUUGACCUAAAAGAAAACCCUCGUGGUCAAUAUCUAAAGAUCUCAGAAAAAACUUCAGCUACUAGAUCUACUAUCAUUGUGCCUGCUUCUGGCAUUGUUUGGUUCUUAGAUCUCUUUAAUUAUUAUGUUACUAGUUCUGAUAAUGAUCAGCAAGAACCUCUUGGCAAAGAAUUACAGCUUGAUACCAAGGUUUUCUACUUUGAUGUUGGUGAGAAUAAAAGAGGUCGCUUUUUGAAGGUAUCAGAAGCCUCUGUCAGCAGAAACCGAAGUACAAUUAUUGUUCCCGCUGGAAGUUCCUGCGAUGAAGGGUGGGUAGCCUUCAGAAAUAUACUAGGAGAAAUCAAUGAAGCUUCAAGGCUUUUUACUGUACCCAAUCAGCAGCAAAAUUCAGAACCUUCAGAACGUCUAGUGGGCCUAUCAGAUGAUGUUGGUGCUGGAUUCAUAUCCGGGCAUAGUACCCAAGCAGCUACUUCAUCAGAUGUGAAUGUCGAAAGAUCAAUUGAAGUGUCCCCACAAGAAGAAACCGGUAACUUGGGGGUUUCUAAGGUGAUCAGAGCUGAUCAAAAGAGGUUCUUCUUUGAUCUAGGAAGCAAUAACAGGGGCCAUUUCUUGAGGAUAUCAGAGGUGGCUGGAUCUGAUCGUUCCUCCAUCAUUCUUCCCCUGUCUGGGUUAAAGCAGUUUCAUGAAAUGGUUGGUCAUUUUGUUGAGAUCACCAAGGAUCGAAUUGAGGGCAUGACAGGGGCCAGUGUCCGAACAGCUGAAGCUCCACAGAGAUGAAUCUGAGUAGUCUUCCUGGUGAAACACAGGUUACACAUUUGGUUUACCUAUUUGUAUGUGCUAAGUUCUGCUGUGCCCGUCUGUUUCAUCUUCCAUUCGUCUUUGUUUAAAUAAACUGGUUUCUCUAUUUGGGCACUGGAAAAUCAAGAUGUCAAGCAAAAAUUCAAAAUAAUCAAACAGACCCAAAAAUGUUAUUCUUACACCUGUCAGAAAGUGUGGCAAAUAUGUUUCGUUUUGGAUCUGCUGGUGUGCAGUGUAUCCUAUCUCAUUUGUUUCUCUGUAAAUCUAACCUUGCUUUGUUUGUUAGUUUCUAGUCAGUGGUGUUCAAGGACGAGUACAUCUAAUUAAUUAGUAUUAAGGUGGUAUGUUGAA